AUGUUUCAUCCAUCUCUCCCCAUAGUCCACGCCGUACCUCAGGCGCCUUCGUCAAGGCUGGCAACGCCACAACCUCCCCUCCCGUCCAAUGGGGAGCACAAGAGCAUCCCAUUGUCCUCGACAUCCCAUCCCGAUAAUCCGGUUCCUGAAGAGCCUCGUGGAGUCCGGGCGUUAUCUGUAACCGACAUCAAUUUCAGCAUCUCCUCACCAUCAUUGCGCGUGCCCGAAUCCACGGAUUCCGAAUCGCCGACUCCCGCGCAGACUCCCGACACAGAAUUUUCGUCGGAUGCAGAGGAAGCCCUGCAAAAGUCCUCGGUUCAAGAUGGCCCUGAAAAGCAGCGCCGAGCAUCCACCGUUCUGAUUUCCCAGAACUCGGAAGACAUGAGAAGAAUUUUGGAGAAUGUGGGUGUGGCUGGGACUCAGAAGCUUCAGCCUCUGUGCUGCGGUGGUGGUUGUUGUCGCAGCCAGCCUUUGGCCAAUAUCCCUUCUCCAGUAGCGGGAGCGAACGUUGUAACUCCUCCGGACAAUCAGGCUUAUCAGAGCCUCAAGCUCAAUGUCGCCUAUCUCACCCUGGACAGCGAACUAACGAAUAUCGUUUCUUUACCCGAAAAGACGGUCUCCUUCUCUACAGUUCCGAAAUCGGCAGUAGACCUGCAAUUAGGCUCUCCGAACCACCCGCCUUCUUUCGUCCAACCUCACCCCCCUUAUGACGUCUUUCGUGCGCCUCUGCACCAUGCCCGGGAACUGACCAAGACCGGUGCUGAGAAGCGUACAUAUCAUUUUGACAUCGAUGUAACGGACUAUCCUGCGGAGAGCGGCAGUGUUGAUUUCGUUGUGGGUGGGGCCAUUGGAGUGUGCCCCAAGAACAAGACUGAAGAAGUCGACGACAUCUUCACCAUGUUAGGUGUACCUAAGUCGAUUCGCGACAAAAAAAUCACCGUACGCACCUCAAAGGGCCGGUGGCCCACAAUUUGGGGCGACGAUCAGCCCCGUGAGUUGAUCACCACCCGAAGGGAGCUAUUGAACUGGUGUUCAGACAUUCAGAGUUAUGCACCCACCAAGGGACUAUUCCGACUACUUGCCGAGUAUGCCAGUGAGCCAAACGAAAAGAAGAUCCUUUUGUUCCUGGCCUCUGCCCAAGGACAAGGUGCUUUCUGUGACCUGCGCACUAGUUCGCACAUAACUGUGUCUCAACUGUUGCACGCCUUUCCCUCAGCUCAACCUCCAUUGGAUCAUCUUUUAUCCGUCUUGAAUACUCUCAUGCCUCGCUUCUACUCCCUUUCUCAAGAUCCCCUGUUAUCCUGCAAGGAAAAAGGGACUCAGACUCGUCGUCUUGUUGAAGUAGCGGUGACUGUUGCGGAGUCGGAUGACUGGAAAGGAGGUAUGCGUACGGGUGUCGGAUCUGGAUUUCUUGAGCAGCUCGCACGCCAAGUGAUUGAGGCGGAAAAGAAGGGUAUUGACCCUUCCACCCUCGAUCUUCAUGUCCCUAUGUUCCGGGGCUUGAUGGCCAAUCCAUUGGCUAAGCAGUUCACAUCUGAUGGGCCUAUGCUCUUGAUCGGUGCUGGUGUAGGCAUUGCUCCCUUCCGCGGAUUCGUACAGCGACGUCUCCAGUCAGCCAACUGCGCAAACAAGGUUUGGGUCUUGCAGGGUGUUCGCGAUUCCCUCUUGGAUGAGCUCUAUCGUGGAGAAUGGGGUGUCGAUGAAGAGAAGGUGCGCACGGUAGUCCAGAGCCGCCGCGGUGAGAGCAAGUAUGUUCAGGAAGAAGUCCGCCACCAGGCUGAUUUGGUAUGGUUCGUGAUUAACGCUCUGGAUGGUCGAGUCUUCGUCUGUGGUAGCGGCAAAGGUAUGGGCGAGGGCGUCGAGGAUGCUCUUGUUGAUGUUGCUAUGGCCAAAGGCAACUUGAACAUGGAGGAAGCGAAACAAUUCUGGGCAAAUAAGAAGGAAGCUGGACAGUACAUUGCCGAAACCUGGUGA